AUGGCCGGACCGGGUCUUUAUGGAGCUCUAUGUAGGGCGGAGUUAACGCUGGAGUUUUUGCAUGCAAACUCCACAACACAUGACUUUGUUUUUGGAGCAAUAGCUGAACUGAUUGACAAUUCACGAGAUGCUGGUGCCACAAGACUUGACAUUUAUACUGUGAAUAAUGAUCACCUGCGAGGAGGAUUUACCCUGUGCUUUCUAGAUGAUGGAUGUGGCAUGUCCCCUUAUGAAGCUACAGAUAUUGUAUAUUUUGGAAGGUCUUCUAAGAGAAAAGACCCUACAAUGAUUGGACGUUAUGGCAAUGGAUUGAAAUCAGGAUCAAUGCGAAUAGGAAAUGACUUGAUAUUAUUUACCAAAAAAGAGAAUACAAUUACGUGUCUUCUUUUCUCUCAGACAUUCUGCGAAACAGAAGGUCUCAGUCAGGUCAUAGUGCCAAUCCUUUCGUGGUCAAGUGACACAAGGACUCCAGUAAUAGAUGAUCCUGAGAAAUUUUCUACUCAAUUGUCCAUAAUUUGCAAAUAUUCUCCUUUUAAUAAUGAAGAUGAAUUGAUGAACCAGUUUAAUGCCAUUUAUGGAAAAACAGGAACCCUGCUGGUGAUAUACAAUCUGAAACUUGCAUUGAAUGGGGAGCCAGAACUUGAUAUUCUAACAAAUGAGAAGGAUAUAUUGACUGAUAGGAUGCCAGAGAACUAUCCAGAAGAAAAAUCACUAAGAGCUUAUACAGCUAUAUUGUAUCUCAACCCACGAAUGAGGAUAUUCAUUCAAGCUGAGAAAGUCAGAACCAAGCAUUUGCUUUUCUGUUUUUACAGGCCCAGGAUGUAUCCAUAUACAUCAUCUUCAUUCAAACAAAUUGCUACUUGUGAAUUACAGAAGGCACAAAUGGAACUAAAGGCUGCCGAAAAUGCUGUGGCAGAAGUAAAAAGCAGACUAGAACAAUCUUCCUUGUCUGAAGAUAGUGAGUAUUUGCAAGUUGUGUUUCAAGAAGCUCUGGAGGAAGAAAAGAGAGUAAGAGAAAAAAAUGAAGAGAAAAAAAGAAACCUGAAAAGACCAAAAAGGUUAUUCAUAAUAUUUGGAAUAAACAUUCAAAACAGAAGUCAAGAUGGAAUGCUUAUCUAUAGCAAUAAUCGCUUGAUCAGAAUGUUCGAGAAAUUGGGAUCACGGAAAAACACAGGACCAUACUUUGGUUCUGGAGCUGUGGGGAUUAUAGAUGUACCAUUAGAUAUUAUGGAACCGACACACAACAAGCAGGCUUUUGCCAACAUUAAGGAAUACAGGCACUUGCUGAAAUCAAUGGAAAAUUAUCUUAUUCAAUACUGUAAAGACAUGGGGAUAAGUCAAAAAGGAGAAAAGUUCUGGAAUGAUUUUGGAUAUCUAAGUGAUAAAUGGUGUGAAAGACCUUCUGAGGCAGUUCAAUAUAAAAGAAGACGAGCAGCAGAAAUUCCUUACAUUGUGCAGUGUGAUGUUUGCCUCAAAUGGAGACUCUUGUCACUUAAUAGUGAUAUAAAUAAUGAAGUUCAUGACAUCUGGAACUGUGGAAGAAGUCCCAACUCUCUAGAAAAUAAGUGCAGUAUACCAGAGAAUUUGCCCAGAAUCCCUUUGGGCACAUUCAACCCAACUCAUUAUGUGAAUGACAAAGAAAAGCUAUUAAUUGAUUCCAUUCAGAGAAAUAAAAGGAAAGUGGAAAACCUGAAUGUCUGCCAGAAGACUUUUUAUAAAGAUUCAUCUCAAGCUUACAGACACCUGUCUACGAAAAAUACAAGUAAGGGACAUAUGCAACAGUCAAAUUAUCGAAAGCAAGCAUUGGCAAGGCAAGCAACUUGUUCACAAAGGAGGCGUCAGUUUUAUCAGGAUGAAAAAAAAUUCUCCGUGGCAGAUAGAAAGAAUCACAGUACUCCAAAGAUACUAUCUUCAGUACAUUUUGAAAGUUGGUGUUAUGAAGAGCCUGAAUUGAAAAUUGAAACAGAGAACAAGCCAGAAAUCAUUUAUCAAAGUGUUUUACUGCAGAUUACAUCAUCUGAUAGUGAAACUGAAGAUCUGCCAAAGGAUGAAUUGUUUGCAGGAUCCACAGAAGCUAUCAAAGAAGACACAGAUCAAGUCUUUGUUGUGGAAGAGAAGUCAGUUGAAGUUUCACAUCUAACUAAAAAUUCCCAGAGCAUCACUAAAGCCAAAAUGAUUCAAACAUUAACAUCUCGUAUCAAAGAAAUACUGCUCUAUUUUUUACCUGAAUGUGAUAAAUCAAGAGACCAUAUUACAUCCAUGUGCCCGGAAGAUGUUUUAUCUAUGUUCAACUUUAAAAGACAUCGGGAUCACAAUAAGACUGUCAUUUUAUCCAUUGAUCAGUAUGAAAGACAACUUUCCAAAAAACUCAAGCGUCAAGAAGAACAUUGCUUUCAGAAAGUCUAUGCCAUUGAAAGACAAAUUUAUCUACGCAAAGAGCAAAUAAAAGCAACGCAAAAAAAGCUUGAACAUCUUCGGAGAAAAAUAGCCCUAUUGCUAUCAAGAAUGAAUCCCCAUCUUGUUAUAAAUAAUCUGGAACAUGUCGAUACCAUCUUGGAAGAAUGUUUAAACCAAGAAACCACUCAUCUUUUGGUUCCUGUAACUACUAACUUUUGA